AUGCAUAAAUACUAUACUGUAAGGUUCAUAAUUCAGGAGAAGAUGAAAAGAAUGAGACAUUAUCUUAAGUUUUUAACUCAAAAUCAACAAGGUCAAACACAUAAAUUAUGCAGAUGUUUCUGUCAGGGAACUCAGCUUUCUCCGAACAACGAUGAUUCAGUUGAUGAUUUAUCUAUGGUUUCAUCAAGAAUUAGACUCAGAGAUGGUAGACACCUGGCUUAUGUUGAAAGAGGUGUACCUAAAGAUGAGGCAUCAUACAAGAUCAUCAUUGUGCAUGGUUUUGGAAGCUCCAAAGAGAUGAAUUUUCUAGCACCCCAAGAAUUGAUAGAUGAAUUAGGUAUUUAUCUUCUACAAUAUGAUCGGGCCGGAUAUGGAGAAAGUGAUCCAAAUCCGAAACGUUCAUUGAAAAGCGAAGCUCUUGAUAUUGAAGAGCUUGCUGAUCAGCUACAAAUUGGAGCACACUUUUAUGUAAUUGGAGUCUCAAUGGGUUCAUAUGCCAGUUGGAGUUGUCUAAAAUAUUUGCCUCACAGGCUUGCAGGGUUGGCACUGAUAGCGCCAGUGAUCAAUUACAGAUGGCCUUCUCUUCCUAGAAGUUUGAUAAGAGAAGACUAUAGAAGGAGGUUUAUUAAGUGGGCAAUGUGGCUUGCAAAUCACUGUCCUAAACUAUUGCAUUGGUGGGCUACUCAAAAGUGGCUACCUUCAAAUGCUGUCAUAGAAAAAAAUCCAACAUUCUUCAACAAAAACGAUAUCGAUAUUUUGAAAACUAUUCCCGGCUUCCCAAUGUUUUCAAAGGAUAGGUUAAGGGAACAAGUUGUUUUUGAUACACUUCUCCAUGAUUGGAAGGUAGCUUUUGGAAAAUGGGAGUUUGAUCCAAUGAAGUUAAACAAUCCGUUCCCUAACAAACAAAGUUCAUUUCACAUUUGGCAAGGAUAUGAAGAUAAAGUUGUGCCUUCUGAAAUCCAAAGAUUUGUUUCAUCGCAGCUGCCAUGGAUACAAUAUCAUGAAGUACCAGAUGGUGGCCAUUUAAUUGUGUAUUAUAAGGGGUUAUGUGAAGCUAUUUUGAAAGCACUUUUACUUGGACAACAAAAUCAUGCAUAUAAACCUAGAUUAUCUUUGUUAUUCAAAGAUAAUGAAUGCUAUCAGGAAACUAUCUAG